AUGGAAAAAUACGAACAUCUGAUUGGUGGCUUCACCGGUGGUAUAAUAAGCACUAUUGCAUGUCAUCCGUUAGAUCUUCUCAGAAUACGAUAUUCCGCUAAUGAUGGUAAUCGUCAACGUCCACAAUAUCGUAAUUAUUGGCAUGCAGCGCGGAGUAUUAUACAAUCUAAUGGAUAUAAAGGUUUGUAUCAAGGUCUAGCACCGAAUCUGGUUGGAUCCGCUGUAUCUUGGGGACUUUAUUUUCAGUUCUAUCAUAUUAUCAAAAGAUUAUGCGUUGAGAAAACUAUUUCAACUGGAGCAGAACCGGUGGAUAAUGUCCUGAUGGGAAUGGUUACUGGAGCUGGUAUUUUACUGUUCACUAAUCCCAUUUGGAUGGCAAAAACUCGAUUAUGCUUACAAUAUGAAAAUGAAAGAAUCAGAUAUCGAGGACUUUUGGACUGCAUUUCUACAGUUGCUCGUAAUGAAGGAAUUACUGCAUUAUACAGAGGUUUUACACCAGGAGUUGUUGGAACCAUACAUGGUGCAAUCCAGUUUAUGCUUUACAAUCGUUUCAAGGACAAUCGAUUAAAGCGUUUAGAUCUGCCUGCUAAUCAUAUUUUGAGUACUGUUGAUUGCUUGGUAUAUUCAGCUGUAUCCAAGGUAAUUUCUACAACAAUAACAUUCCCGUACCAAGUGCUACGGACUCGAUUACAGGAUCAUCAUGCACAAUAUAAUGGAAUAUAUGAUUUGAUAAGCAAAACAUAUAGAAUGGAAGGUGUACGUGGAUUUUAUAAAGGUUUACUCAUGGGCAACUUACGUCAGCUACCAAACGUUAUUGUUACAUAUGUAACCUAUGAGAAUGUAAGGUAUCUUGUUCGUCAUCUUUCUCAGUGA